AUGGAAUCAUUCAUUGAGGUGGGAUGCUUUCUUCUACUCCUCCUGCUCAUGCUUGGCCUCCUCCUCCUCCUCCAGGCCUGGGCUCUCUUUAACUGCGCUUUCAUGACUUUUGAGAUCUCUGUCUCCAAGGCCUUCAAGGGGAGCAGCCUGCAGAGACGUUGUGAAGAUGGGUAUGCAUGCCUGUCAAGAGCAUGUUGGUGGUGGCAGCUGUUGUUGCCAAUGGCUGCACCCUUGUUUUGUGGUGAUGAUGGAGAGUGUGAUGGAGAUCUCAUGAUCGCCUUGGCGAACAGUCUCGGAAAGUGGCUGGUAUUGUUAGCAAUCGUCCUCAACAUCUACUUGCUCAUCCUCAGCAACCUUGCUAUCCUGUAUGGUUUCCAAGGAAGGUACAUGCUCUCGUUCGCGUUCGUUGGCUCCUCUUACAUCCUUCAGCUAUGA